AUGGAUAAUAAUAACAACAACAACAUCAACUCCUCCGUGUUUGUUUCAUACGUAUGUCGAGAUCCAUUUGUCAGUCCACUUCUCGAUAACUUUAACGAACCGGAUCCUGCACUUGUCUAUUUAUUACCCGAACCGAACCUACGAAAUGAUGAACAGCAGCCCCUGCAGGGUCAUGUUUCCUCCACGGAUUCAACGAUCCAUGAUCAAUCCCACCAUUAUUGCAAUGACAAUUUUACCAUCGGAGGAGGAGUAUUUCCUAACUAUGAAUUCGUAGAGGGGUCUUCCAAGAACAAGCGUAAAUAUCCCUUCACGGAUACGGAUAUUGAAGAUCAAUCCUUCAUGCAUGACUUUGAAGCGGGUCCAUCCAAUCUGAAUCAGCCAGCAAGUGGGAAUAUGGGUCCUCGUAAUUGGCCUCCUAUGCCAAGGCCAUUCUUUUGCACUUGCUGCCAAGUUCUAAGACAGACAAUUCACACCAAUGGUACUGAUUUUGAGAGACUAGAAAUACAUGGAAGGAUCGGAUUGAUCAGCCACAUAAUAAUUCAGAAUCAGAGUAUUACACCGGGUGGUAGAUCAUGUGACAAUUAUCAAAUGAUUGAUUUCACCAACGGAAGCCCUGCAGAAGUUAAGGGUUUCCUUGAAGAUUACAUUGCACGGAAGGAUAAAUUAGGGUACAUUAUUGCGGAAGAAUCUUUUUCUGAGUUUUAUGAAGCCGUCUGCACAAAACUUGAUUGGGUUGGAAAACGCACUAAUAACGAAGACGAUGAUUUGACUCCACAAAAUGUGGAGGAAGAACCUGAGCCUGAGCCUGAGCCGCCUAAGGAAAGAAGGCGUAAACGUAGUCGCAAAGACCAGUCAGAUAGGAUAAAUAGUAUGACAUUGGAUGAUUUGAGUGGCGUGUUCCACAUAACUAUGAAGGCUGCAAAGAAUGUAUUAGACAUGUCUGUUACUGCAAUUAAGUCAAUUUGCCGCAAGUGUCGUUUAUAUAAAUGGCCCCACAGACAGUUGCAACCCCUAGCGAGGAGGUUGAAAGUGCUGAAAAGAGCAUUGGAAUCUUCACAAGAUCCAGUGGUAAUACAAACAACUAGCAUGGAAGUUCGAAGAAUUAAACAACACAUGACUCAGUUGUGUGGUGGAGUUACCCCAACGGGUAUAGAAAUUCCUGAAGUUGAAGAAUAG